AUGGUCGUUCGCAUUCGUCUCGCCCGUUUCGGUAACAGGCACCAGACCUUUUACAACAUCGUGGUGUCGCAGGCCCGCACUGCCCGAGACUCGAAACCUUUGGAGGUCAUUGGAACCUACAACCCUGUCCCGCAACGAGCCACGAACGAGACCGAGAACGGCCAACGGGCCCGAGCAUUCAAGGACAUCUCACUUGACCGAUCCCGCGCCAAAUAUUGGGUUGGUGUUGGUGCGCAGCCUACCGACUCCGUAUGGCGGUUACUGGACCUGGCCGGUAUCGCGCAGCGCAAGCCCCACGAGCAGAAGAACUAG